AUCAGAAUCAAAAUAUGUAGGUAGGUAGGUAUGUAUAUUAAAUAUUAAUAUACUAUGUAUGUACUUUAACAAAUAUACAGGCAUAGUUGACACUUUCGUUUUUCAUUCCUCCCAUGUAAUUAUGUUCGUGAUAAACUAGUCAAGAUGUUAUGAUAUAAUCUUGAAACAGUAAAAAAUCAAUAGUUCAUAACAAUUUCAAAAAACCAUGGAAGUUCCUGGCGGCGCUGAGGACGGUUUUGUCCGGGAAUGGGCACCGUGUUCGCAUAUUUUAAACUUAAUACCUCCUAGGAUACAAACUGGUAUAUUUUCUAGUGAGCUGUGCUUAACUUGUGUUGAUUCUGUUAGUGAAUAUAUUGCUUUGGGGACUAACGUCGGUCUGGUUUACUGGUACGACAGGAAGAAGGGAAAUAUUCAAAGACUACGCUGCGAGAUAUCAAACUCUCCAAUAACUUAUGUGAAAAUAGUGAACACCGUUGAUUAUAUGGUCGGUGCUGGUAAUGCACACGGUCAAGUUACCGUCUUCCAGAUACCCAAGGAGCACCCAGAAAACGUUCCCGACACAUUCAAACCUAAAGUUGAACCCAAAGUGGAAAGGUAUACUAUAGGCGAUCUACAUAAAAGCGAAAUAACUUCGAUAGAAUGGUCGAAGAACGGGAUGCGAUUGUUCUCGGGUGACAAAAACGGUGUUAUUAUAAUGACGGAAAUCGAUUUUUAUAUGCACCUCUGCAAGUCGAUGGAGAUAGUUAACGAAGGUCACGAGAUAGUCCAGAUGAGCUAUUACCAAAACACGUUGCUGGUGUCGAGCGUGUACCGCGGGAUAGUAUGCGAGAGGAGCGCCGACGGUAGGACGUGGCACGUCACGCAGCUCGGGAAGAAGGAGAGGAAAAGCCUGUGCGCGCUGGGGGCCGUGUUCCAGUACUCGUACCGCACGGGCGCCGCCGCCGCCUACUGCGCGAGGCCCGGCCUGCGCCUCUGGAGGGCGGACAGGAACGGCAACGUCCUCCACACGCUGCUGUUCAAGGAAGCCAUAUCGAACCCGCUAACGAUAGCCGAACUACUGAAUCCCUCGCAGAAGAAGCACUCGCACAGCGACCAGGACUACAACCUGGGACCGCUGUUCGUAUUCCGCGAGCACUUCCUCGUUUCGCACAACGAGCACAUCCUGUACAUCCUGGACCCGAGGUCGUUGACCGCUGUCGCUGUUGUCGACGAUCUGAGAAAGAUUCUGUCAGUUUCCGUGAAUAAAGACGAGAUCUUCGUUCUCGAGGGUCCAAGGUCGCUGGUCAGACUGGCCCACGCUCCGGAACCCGCCGCUCUGGCCACAGACGAAUCAACGAACGGCAUGACAAAGUCUCUGACAACUUCAAUACAGCAGGCCGUGAACACGGUCCGGGACCUGACGCACAUCGACCAAACGGUCCCCUACAUCACGAGCGUUCUCGAACAGCCAAUAUCGAUUUUCACGAAGAACGAAGUGCUGGACAACAGCCCGAUAGCGAGCGCCGAAGAGUGCUUCGAACUGCCUCCGAUCAGAAUCUUACCGAACGACAUAUCCGAGAACGUCUUAGAAUCGAUUGUCGGCGAGUAUCGAGACGUGAACGAUGCAUACGAAUCGAGGGGCACGAAAACGGAUGAGCUGCAGAAGAAAUUGGAUUUGUUUAGUAGCAUAAUCGUUAAGAAGUGCGACGAGCAGCUGAUACAUAGCAGGAGGAGCAGGCGGAGGGAGGCGGGGUCGGGGGGCAGCACGCCGAGGUUGUCGACCCCGCCGAGGAAGCCGCCCGAUGACGUCAGCUACACCAAUCCGUGCAUCAUGAACGUUAGCAUUUACGGGCAUUACCAAGAAGAGAACGACGAAGCGCUCGCGAAACAGAUCGAGGAGAAAGAGAAGAUAUUAGCGAAAAUGCUUAACUUGGAAUCGUUGAGCAUAAAGGCGAAACCUCUGCCGCAGCGCGCCGACUCUCCGCCGCCGCCGCCCUUCACACGUGUGGAAAUAAAACCGGACACGGACCGAGAGCGACCGGCGAACAGGAAACCGGAACCGCAGAAAUCGGUAAUAAUCUCGAAUAAUACGGAUUUGGUGCCUAAAAUCGUCGAAUUGCCAAACACGUGGAAUUUAGAGAAUAUCGAGUUGAAAUUAGAUUUGAACAGCAGUAACAGCUUCGGCGAUGGACUACGCUCGCCCGACGACCACCUCGACAGCGAGUGGGAGAUCAUAUGAUGACACUUACGAAGCCUUUGAAUGCCACUUUUUUUUCCUACUAAGCUGAUAGCCCUGAGAGGCUAUUUCAGCAUAACCUUAACUAGUAGGUGAGCUCGCGGGGCUCAAACCGGAGUGAUGAUAACACUGGCCCUAGCAAGAGCAGUGCUUCGCAGAAUCUACCACCGGAUCGGAAACGCGACCCACUGAGAAGAUUCGGCGAGAAACUCAGUAGGAAUACCACUACAGCAGUCCGCACACACUGUCCUUGCUGGUAUUCAUUUACACUGUACACAUUUUACAGGGUCUCGUCGUAAUUAGUGGAUAAUUCACUAACCGGGGAUAACCCGGGAUAACCGGGGAUAAGAAAAUCUAAUUUGUAUGUCAGGGUUGCCAACAAUGCGAAAGUUGUCAAUAUUUUUUGUUUUUUUCUAAAAUCUUCUACCGUGACUAGUAAUUAGCCCAUAAUUUUUACAAGUUAAUAUAUUUCAGUGCGCUCCUACAAAGUAGUAUUGCUUGUGUACUGAUUCUUAUACCUUUUUAGAAUAUACACAAACUAAGCAUAUUUUUAAAACAAUAGGCACUCACAGGGCUGUACAUCAUUUUUUCACGAUCAAUGGUUAUAACUUGGCUAAAAGGAAAAAAUAAAAAUAACUUAUAACUCUAAUAUUCAUAAAUUUAGAAUGUAUGAUGCCUAAAAUAGUAAUUUGAUUAAAUAGUACAAUUAUUUCGGAGUAAAAUAAAAAUUAGUAAAAAAAAAUAAAAAAAUAUCUUAAUUAGUAAAAAUUAUGGCCAAAUUACUAGACGCGAUAGAAGAUUUUAGAAAAAAAACACAAAAAAAUAUUGAUAAAUUUCGCAGUGCUGGCAACCCUGACAUACAAAUUAGAUAUUCUUAGGCUGGUUUUAGUGUCACGCGGACCGUCAAUACGGAUCGCUCCGCGCGUACGUGAUCCGCGCUUACCGUCCGCAUAUGGCGUUUUAGUAUCAUCCUGACAGCCUGAGCAGCGCCGCGGUGUACAGACGCGCGCAAUGCAUCCAACGUGGCGAGUGAUAUUACUUAUUGUCCUAUAUUUAACAAGAAAAAAAAAUUAAGUGAAAAAGGAAACUACAUGUUCACCCUUUAAUAGAGCAGAGAGCCGUCGCGGGAGAAUUCGUCACAUUAUACGGCAAUUCGAGGACUGACGAAACAAAAUUCUUUAACUGCUUUCGUAUGUCGACCAGAAGUUUUGAUGAACUACUGUCAUAGACAAUAAAUAAGCUGGUCUGUCUGGUUUUUGUACUGUGGAUCAGAGGCAUCCCACAAACAUUUCCUCAAACGAAUUACAUCGAUCAACGACAUAUUGUCAUGAUUGUACUGCACUGAUGCGUGCGCUCCGGACGAUACUAAAACGCUCACUAUAGGCAGAGGCGCGCGAGCAGCGGUCCGCGCGGUUAGCUCCGCAGCACGGACGCGCCAUGCGGUCGGCUGCGGACGGGUCCGUGCGGACGUUCGUCCGUACGGACAGCUCCGCAUUACUCUAAAACGCUCCCUAGGAUUAAUACAGAUCGGUCUGUGCGGAGCGAUCCGUACUGACGGUCCGCGUGACACUAAAACCAGCCUUAGAGUUAGACAUCGGAUUAUCUACUAAUUACGACAGACCCUGUAUACUUAGCAUCAUUUUAUUAAAUGAAAUCAGUUAAGACAUAAACUUAAAUUUCCAUAACAUAGUGUCGUGCGAGAGGAUGCAAAUAUCGCGCUGAUUCGCUUUUAUUGUAUUUUGUUGCUAGUAAAACUGCCAAUAGAAAUGUUCAAUUCAUCUACAUUAAUAAUUGGAGUUAAUGACUAUGUCAAUUGAAACUUAUAUCAUACUCUCGUCUCAAAUAGUAUUAUUGGAUCCAUAAUAUAGAUCUUUAACUUCAAAUAUUAUUUUUAAAUAUUAAAUUCAAUUUCUAUUCCAAGGUUAGAUUUUUUUAUUAUUCUUAUAAAAUUAAUAAAACAAAAAAAAAGUGCAAUAAAUAUAUUACUAGAAGGCAUAUAAUUGACAAGUGUUUUUUUCGUUAUAUUCUUUGAAUGAAAUUGAAUUUGAAUUUUGUAAAAUUUGGUUCAAGCUAACUGACGAAGUAAUGUUCUAAAACAAAACAAACAGACAUCGUCAGGCUGGAUACUAAUCGACACGAAACUGAUUUUCGAGGAGGAAUAAAUUAAACAAACAGGCAGGGUUUUUUUUGCGAAUUAUUUGUUUUUUAAUUGAUAUAUAUGUAGGAUCAGGGGUGGACAUUAUCUUGUUGAACACCAAAUAAAACGAAGGCACUUUUUGAUUCCUGAUUUAAUCAACAAUAUGAGUCGACUAUUAUCAAAGCCGGGAAUGUGACUUUUGGACAAUUAUUGGUAAAUCAGAAAAACGAAUUAUUGACUUUGUAUUCCAUUGGCAGUCAUAAAACUCUUCUGAACGACAUCUUAGAUAAAUAACAGGUUAAGUAUUAACCUUUAUUUAAUGCAGGUUUUGAAUCGUAUUCUUUGAAGGAGACGAUUAUAUUCAAAUCAAUCUGUAUCGCCAUAUCAAUAACAUUUUUUUGUCCAAAUACACAGAUUGCCACCUUUGAUAAUAGACGACUCAUAUGAUAAUUCACUUUGAUACUUAUCGAACCUUAACCAAUACGUACAACAAUCACUUAAUCACACAACGUAACAAGAAUAUAGUAAGUGCACCGGGCAAACCCAGUCAAACGAAUGUCCAUUGCGUUUUUUUUUCCUACCUGAGCUGAUAGCCUUAAGAGUCUAUUUCAGCGUAACCUUAACUAGUAGGUUAGUUAGGUAGUUAGGUUAGGAGUGUUGCUAACACUGACCCUACCAAGAGCAGUGCUUCGCAGAAUCUACCACCGUAUCGAAAACGCGACCCACUGAGAAGAUCCGGCGAGAAACUCUGUGUGUGUCUAUGGGUUAAUUCGGACGGUUGCCGGUGCUUGUGGUACCUAAAAGCACCGUCAAUGGAUCGGGUCCAUUGCGAGGCACAUACCGCCUUUUUAUAACGGCCGGGGCACCUGGCUUAUCUAUGAGUCACUCGUAUUGCACGUGCUGUAUAAUAGAAAUAUCGUUAACGCCGUUAUAUAUGUAAUUAAUCAUAAUACCAUGCAAAAUCAUUUAAAUUUCAAUUGUAAACGUUUAUAAGCCACGGAAAAUUCAUAUUUUUUUAUUAAUAUCCAGUAAAACUGAGACAAUACGUACAAAAUUGUUCGCGUGGCGGGACAAAGUACGUUCUCACGUUCAGUACGUAUGUACCUACUGGGUUUAUCAUAAUCGCCUAAUGUCAAUUCGAACGAGUGUUUAAAUACAGACUGUAAAGAAGUCGCCUCCGCGGUCGAAACAAGAGUAAAGUUUCACUCACACUGUGACGGAAAAUAAUAUUUUAAUAAACUAGACGCAAUAAGUGUGGCUUCCUAAGUUCUAGUUUCGUGUAGCCCGCAUUGGAACUCAAAGUUAGCUGGCGCACUUACCCACUUCUCUCCACCUCCCCCGCGACCGCAAAUGCAGAUUUUAAUUGCCGAUAUUCAUUAGUGUUACACUGUUUUUGGGUACAACUUAACUAUUCUAAGUUGACGAAGUGCUCGUGAAAUGUUCACGCGUAAGUAAAAUUCAAAUAAUGCAUUUUUGAGCAAUGUGCACGCGGUACAGUAGAAAGUUAUCACCGUCAUAUCCCGGUCAAAAUUGUAUACAUACGAAUAAGAACCUAGUAUUAUUGUAUAAGUAUUGAUGCAUUUAUUAUAUAGAUUAAAUUUUUUAACACGAGCUUACAACUUGAGUGCUUGUAUUCGCUUUCAUCGGAUUUUUUAAACUUGAUCAGUCCACGCGGUUGAAAUAGUAAGCACGCAAUCGUCUAAGGCAGGGCUGUCCAGAAAACAGCUUCUUUUCAAGCUGCGACGACUGUUUUAAUCAGAAGAUAGUUUGGAUAAUAUAAUUCUUUGUCAAAACAUAUAAUCAAUAUUUGGCAUAAUUUAUAUUUAUUCUUGUAACAUUCCUGUCCCAUGACAUCAUUUAAAAGUGAAGCUAUCUCUUACUAUUAUUAGCGAAGUCAGGAAAGUAUUUAGUUGUUGAAAAAAAUUUAUCUGAGGCCCUCCAGCUUUUGUAUAUAGUUUGGACAGCCCUAUGUGCUUAGUGCGAGCUUUGACGUCCGCGAUAGCGUAAAAGUUAACUCAAAUUUGUAUGGAGUUGGAACAUUUGACUAAGUUUGCCGCUAGGGGCGCUGUUGCAACUCCAUACAAAUUUGCGUUAACUUUUACGCUAUCGAGAACGUUAAAAAACUCGCACUAAGCACACUGAUAUUUGAAACGACCACUUUUAUGAACCGCUAGUUAUAAGCUAUUAUUGUGAUCAAAUUAUCAUGAACAACAUUAUUAAAGUUCGAACAUACUGUAAUUACAUUGGUUUUUUAAAAUUUUUAUUAUUGUAUUAUUUUAUAUUAGUUUAUCUGUUUAUUUAUUUAAUAGUAAUGUGAUUAUUUUGAGUUAUAUGAGACAGCGGCCAACUGAAUCGAUGUAUCUAGGUUUUAUUGCUUAAAACAUAAGACGUAGAAAAAUAUUUUUACAUUUUUUUUAAACACAAAAUAAUUUUUUAAAGUUGUUUUUAUUUGCUAUUAUAAUUUUUUUGAGAAGCCUAUUUCUAAAUUUUUCAUUUUGUCAUGACAAUUUUGAAUUGAAAUGUGAAGUCAACUUUUGUUCGCUGUAGUCCUUAUCGUAUCUUGAAUAAUUGUAUAGUAACUUCUAUUGUCAGUAAGUACACGAGAGCAUUAGUUUUUGAUAUUGAUUUAAACAAAAUCAUCAUGAUGUCUUGAGGCACGAUCUCCUAUUCCGAUGUCCAUAUUUAUAUAUAUAGGAAACCUUCAACUUAAUUUUCAAGACGGCCGAUGAACUUGAAAAUUUUGUAGCCAUAUCAAGGAUCGGGUGAUGAUAAUAUAAGAAUUUUAUAAAUUUGGCCCAAUAUCAAUGACCAGUCACUAAGAUAAAGAUAAUAUUAUUUUUAGUUUUAAUGCGGCUUUUUUAGUAUUCAAUUUAUCUCAGACUGAAUCUUUAUGCAACAUGUCUCAUAUAACACAGUAAGGAAGUGGAAAUCUUAUCAAAAAAAAUAUUACCAAAUAGUAUUCAUCUUUUAUUAUGAUAUAUUUUAUUUAAUUAAGAUACAAAUGUUUUGAAUAUUAUUAUGAUUAAAGUGAUGAAAAUAAUAAUGUACAAUAAAAAGCACUGAUAGAAUUAUUUGUGAUAAUUUGUUUAGAGUUUCGAAGCGAAGCGAAUAAAUAAAAGCAUUAAAUAUAAAGCAUUUGACGCUAA